CAAAAAACAAAAGACUCACAUCUAUCAAAAAAAUGUAAAUAUUCGGUUCAAAAUUUUUCUCACUAAAUAUUAGAAUUUAUAACAAAAAUUUAAUGCGUUCGGAUCUAAAUUGAAUAUUCGGAAAAUACUCGUAAAGAACUAAAUAAUCAGAGUAAACUUUUAUCAUGGAAAUAAGAAGUAUUGGUGAAACGCAAAACUCUGAUAGAGAAUCUCUGAUCAUGGAAACAUUCAAAAACCCUGGAUUUCAUAGUCCGAGUAAUUAUAUCUCCUAUUCGAGCGUGAAGAAGAAAUUGAGUACGACAAUUUCAACUCCUACGACAUCUGCUGACAAAAAGUUUGUGGUUAUCGAAAAAAGUAAAGAAAAAUUCCAUCCAAUUCCCCUGCACGGUGCUCGGGGUCACUUGGGACUUUCUGUUAUAAAGCAAUCAGCCAAUAAUGUUGAAAAUAAUCCAAAAACUGUUAAGAAAUUCCCAAAGGACUAUGCCUCUCUGCAAAUAUUUAGAGAAGCAUUGAGAAAUUAUGUUAUACUUUGUAAAAAUGCAGUGAUGCUGUGGUUCUCGGUCCUGACCUACUCUUUCUUGUUCAAUCGAAAUUCUGGAAAAUGAAAUUGUAAACUAAAGACUGGCAAUAAAUAUUCCUAUGAUGUAAGAA